AUGUUUCCAUCGAUGAAAUAUUCCAUGUGGACGGACGAUUUACUUAAUCGAAUGAUUAAUGGACAAGAUCCUGAUACAGGUUAUCAAUUAUCCGAUGAAAAUGUAACUUCGAAGCCGUUUGGUAACGGACAGCAUGGACGUAUUAGUCGGCCGUUUGCUUGGCAAGACAGUCGUCUGACAAUUGCGCUGAUUCUCAAACAUUUUCAUAUUGAACUUGGCGAUCUCGAGAAUAAGCCAUUGGAAAAGGCAACUGAACAACCAGCGAAAAAGGUCGCCAACGACAUGUUACAGCUAAUGGCCAUUCUUUUUAGUAACAAUUUUGGUUCCUGUGAAUCAUUAACAAAUACCUUAGUUUUCGCAGCACCACUUCAUGAAUUCAAUAGAAGAAAACAAUUACGGAAGAGAGAACAAUUUCUCGUUAAAACAAGAAAAGAGAAAAGAAAUAUGUCGAUGAAAUCAAAUUCAGCAUUUCAGCGUCUUCAAGCUGAAUAUCGUCGUCUACUCAAAGAUCCAAUUUCCUAUUUGACAGCACAACCAUUAUCAUCUAACUUACUAGAAUGGCGCUACGUUAUUCGAGGACCGAAAGAUACACCUUACGAAGAUGGAAUUUAUCAAGGAAAGAUUGUUUUUCCUCUGGAUUAUCCGUUCAAACCACCGAACAUCUAUAUGUUGACACCGAAUGGGCGAUUCAAAACCGAUACAAGUUUGUGUUUAACAAUUACUGCAUAUCAUCCUGAUUCAUGGAAUCCUGCGUGGUCAAUUUCAUCAAUAUUGAAUGGUUUUCUAAGUUUCAUGUGUGACACAAGUUCAACGCAUGGAACAUUUAAUAUUCAAGAUCCCGUGUUUUGUGAACUGUUUCCUGAAAUUACCGAAGAAAUAAAACAAACUUUGAAUGAACGAGCUCGAAAAACAUCAUCAACAGAUUCUUCAUUAGAUCAUUCAGGUCAUCACCAAACAAGCAAUACCUCGACAACAAAUAUGCAUUUUAUUCUCAAAUCUACUGAUACGCUGCAAUAUGAUUCAUUGAAAAACUUCGAUGUUUUGAAAACACUCGGCCGUGGACAUUUUUCUGUAGUUUAUUCAGCUCGAAAUCGUUUCAAUGGUGAAUUUGUAGCUUUGAAAAAAGUUGAAUUAAGUCGAAUGGCUGAUGCCAAAGCAAUAGAUGAUUGUAAACGUGAAAUUGCUCUUCUGCAACAACUGAAUCAUCCCAAUGUGAUCAAAUAUAUUUCCCAUUUUGUUGACGAAAACGAUCUGUACAUUGUUUUGGAAUUAGCAAGCGCUGGUGAUUUAGCUAAAAUGAUCAAACAUUUCAAUCGAACGAAUAAAUUAAUGCCAGAAAAGACAAUUUGGAAGUUUUUUAGUCAAAUUUGUAGUGGACUUGAACAUAUGCAUUCGAAAAGAAUUAUGCAUCGAGAUAUCAAACCGGCAAAUAUUUUUGUCAGUGCCGAAGGCAUUGUUCGACUUGGCGAUCUAGGCUUAGGUCGAUUUUUUGGUUCAAAAACAACAUCAGCACACUCAAUGGUUGGAACACCAUAUUACAUGUCUCCAGAGCGCAUUCAUGAACAUGAUCUCGGUUAUGAUUUUCGAUCUGAUAUUUGGUCUCUUGGUUGUAUUUUAUAUGAAAUGGCUGCUCUUCGCUCUCCGUUUUAUGGUGAAAAUUUGAAUCUCAUUUUAUUGCGACAAAAAAUCGAAGCACUCGAUUAUACACCAUUACCGACAAAUUUCUACUCAUCUGAACUUCGUCUUCUCGUCUCCAAAUGUCUUGUCUUAGAGCCCGAACAACGACCGGAUAUAACAGAAGUCAAUCGCAUUGCUCAAAUGAUGUACACACGAUUCACAGCUUCAAGUAACAACACUCCUACUCCAACGCCACCAUCACAUAACGAUUCAGCGUUUGGAAACGUUACACCGGUUAAUAACCAAUAA